GUUGGACGAGUGGAUUUGCACCGAAAUCAUGCGGAAGCUGACCCCCCCACCGACGGGCUUCGACCGAUUGGAAGACGAGGCGGCAAGCACGAGAGACUACGAAGAUGAAGAAGAGGAUGCGAGCGGCGAUGAUAAUGAAAUGCUAUACGUGAUUGAGGAAGGAGACGGAGUAGAUUUCGCGAACGACGGAGACGAAGACGAAGUUGAAUAGAUGGAUUGGAUUCGCUAGCAUCACACGAGAUCGUGGGAAGCGUAGUAGCGUAUAGUUUUCCUUCUUGCGAAUUAU